UACACUGUCACGGAGGAAUGAGUUUAGAAAAGCUGAAAUCCUUGAGCAAAGAUUUCAAGCCAAGUUUGGUGAGGCAAAAGUCCAAACCUAACACUCUUGAAUGUCGCAGACUCUAAGCUGAUAUGGGUUUGUGCUGAAAUUGCGUUUGGUUGUGGUUUUGUGGAGUUUGGAGAGUCAGUUUUGUGCGUGCGGCUUUCGUUUUUUCUGGAUCUUUUCCUUGGAGGGGGUGGUUUGGAAGCCAAUGCCACUUUGAGGAGACUUUGGAGGACUUGUUGCGUGUUUAUUGAAGUGAACGGAAAAGAGAGAGCUCCAUGUCGUGGGCUGGCCCUGAAGAUGUCUUGCUCUCCACGUCUCUUGCUAGCUAUCUUGACAAAAAACUUCUUGUCUUGUUACGAGAUGGUAGAAAACUCUUGGGGCUACUAUGUUCUUUUGAUCAAUUUGCUAAUGUUGUUCUUCAAGAUGCCUGUGAGCGUGUUAUAGUUGGUGAUCUAUAUUGUGACAUCCCCUUAGGUCUAUAUGUAAUCCGUGGAGAGAAUGUUGUCUUAAUUGGAGAGCUGGAGUUGGAUAAGGAAGAGCUACCACCACAUAUGACCCGUGUGCCAGUAGAAGAGAUAAAAAGGGCUCAGAAAGCAGAAAGGGAUGCUACAGAUCUGAAGGGCUCCAUGAGAAAAAGAAUGGAGUUCCUUGAUUUUGAUUGAUAAAUCCUGCCAUCUUAUGAUAUCAUUCUAUUUCCGCAAAUACUAGUGGCCACUGUGACUCAAAAUAUGAAUGACGUAGGAUAAGCAUGCCAGAUUUAUGCCAUCUCUAAGGACGGGGAAGAAAAACAGUUGCAACAGUUAUGAAGGCCUAAUCCACUGUGGUUGGGAAAAGAAUUUGAGUGUUGGAUCUUUUAGAUGCAAUGAUGAUGAUCUCAAUCAUUUGCAUGUGGAUUUUGUUGGGUAUUGGCUGUGCAUGUGGUGAUUCUUCACUUAAGUUAAGGUUUUGGUUUACUUUUAGUUACACACAAGAUGAAGCUUCAUCUUGCUUCACUUGUUCUCUUCUGGUCCUUCCAUUUGAUUUUUUGCUUUCUGUUGAAGGGUUUCUGAAAUUGUUAGGUAUUUCGGAUUUGGCACUGCA